GGGGGGGGGGGGGGGGGGACUCAGCUUCCGCGGGAGGCCCAGCCUGGGCUAACGGUUGGGUCUGGUCUCUUGAACUCAAGAGUUUAGUCAGCCCCCUGACGCUGCCGGAGUGAGCGAGGGGGCAGCAGGUUAACUCGGACUUUGUUCCCAGGACCCUGGAGAGCCGCAGUAAGACAGGCUCAGGGCUUGUCUCCCCUAGAGGGUGUACCGCGUGGCUUCCCGGGCUGCAGCCCCGUGGCCCUGGACAGACUGGGCCUUGGGGUAGAGCAGGGAGGGUGUGCCACGAAACGCGCCUCUAGGAUAGAAUAGUUGUCGUUUGGUUUUGUGGAGCAUGUGUGUUCACCUUGUGUGCGUGUGGAGGCCCAAGGACACCCUCAGCUCCUCUCCAGGAGCCGUCCACCUUGGUUUUGUUUUCUUUUGACGGGGUCCCACUAUGUAGACCAGGAUGUCCUGAAACUCAGAGAGAUCCCCCUGCCUCAGCCAGGCCUACUUCUCCACACCUGUCUAUCUUUCCUGAGGAUGUAUUUCGCGGCCUCUGUGUCUUUCUGUCCAUCCCACCUCCUUAGACUGCUGGAGGGUUAACAGCAUCAUCCUCGCCUCACAGCUCUUAGAACGGGGCCCAGGACGCACCCAGGGUUCAGCGAACUUGGCGGAUAAAAAGCCAGAUAGUGAACAUGGUCAGAGCUGUGGGCCAGACGGUCUGUGCUUCAAGAACUGUGCUCCGUCGUGGACACCAAAGGAGCAGGAGAAGAUAUGUGGAGGUGGUUGUGUGCCAAUAAAACUUUAUCGGCAUUGAUAGGCCAUACGUAUGCUGUGUGCCAAUAAAACUUUAUUGAUAGCUGGGCAGUGACGACACAUUCCCUUAAUCCCAGCACUCAGGAGGUAGAGGCAGGCAGAUCUCUGUGAGUUCGAGGUCAGUCUAGUCUACAGAGCGAGUUCCAGGACAGCCAGAGCUGUUACAUAGAGAAACCCUGUCUCAAAAAACCAAAAAUACAAAACAACAACAACAAAACUUUAUUGACAAAGACAGGCUGAGUGCCAUAUUCUGCUGAGCCUGCGUUAGGUUCUGAAACUGACAGGUAGCUGGUGUCUUUGCUGUUCCCGGGCCUCUGUCUUUUCUGCCUAAGAGAAUUAUUGAGCUCUUACUGUAAGCAUUGGUGAUUCAGAACAGUGUCUUCAGAGAGGCAAUGUUCUUUGUCUCCCGAAUGAGCGAGUUAAGGGGAGCGUGAGGGCACCCGCCUGUGUGCGAUCGUGUGAGGGCACGCGCCUGUAACCCCAGCACUGGGGAAAUGGAGAUUGGAGGAGCCCUAGGGCUCCCUGAUCGUCCAUCCUAGCCAAACUGGCAAAUUCCAGGCCAGGGAGAGAUCCUGUCUCAAGACACCAGGUGGGUGGCACUUAAGGAACGGACGGACGUUGUUCUCAGGCCCUCACACGUUCUCCCCUCCCCCACAGAAACAUGCACCCAUGUAAAGUACAAUAUUAGAAAAGUAAGGGAUUCAGGGGCUAGGCAUGGAGACGCACACCUUUCCUCCCUGCACUGAGGUGGGAAGGUCACCAUAUAGUGAGAUUUUUUUUAAAAAAAAGUUUUAAUUGAAAAAGAAAAGAAAAAACCAGAUGUGAGCCUGUUACGAAGCAGUAGAGGCUCAUGGUUCGCGGUUCUCAUUGGUUACAUAAUGAGGGCACAUGGGAGGGCUGAGAUCUUGGGGAACAUUUAUCUCCCGCUCCAGCCCUAGUCCUCACAGGGUUCCCAGAUACCCAGACCGAGACGGAAAAGCUCCCUGGCUUUCUCAAGGCUGUGCAGUGCUCCUGGAGGCUGCUGUGAGCUCGGCGGUUGAGCUCCACACAAGGUGGUUCUACGUUUCACAACUGAUCGCCAAAGCGGAAGGAAGUCGGGGAGCAGAAAGGGCUCCCCUGAGUCUGCAGUCUGCACUUCCCUUCACUUGCUGUGUGUUUUUCCUUUUGUUUUGUCAAGACAGGGUCUCAUUAUGUAGCCCUGGCUGUGCUGGAACUCUCUCUGUAGCCCAGGCUGGCCUCGAACUCAGAAGGACCUGCCUUCCUCUGCUUCCCGAGUGCUGGGAUUAAAGGCGAGCGCCAUCACCACUGGCUAAUGUUUAUUUUUUAUGUUCCUGUGCAUAUGGACCACACGCAUGCAGUACCCACAGAGGCCAGAAGAGGGCAUCAGAUCCCCUGCAACUAGAGUUAGGAACUACUGUGAGCCAUCGGGUGGGAUGGGGACAGAACCAGGUCCUCUGGAAGAGCAGCCAGGGCCCUAACCGCUGAGCCACCUCCCCGGCUCCUCUUUCUGUUUUUUGGCAACUCUGUAAACCAGGCUGGCCUUAAACUGACCGAGACCCACCUGCCAGUGUCUCCAGAGUGCUGGGAUUAGAGGUGAGCACCGUCCGUCCAGCCUGGCUUUCUGUCCUUAUCUUUGUCUCUGUCAUCCCCCCCCCCAUCUCUGCCUCAUUCCGUCUCCAGUUCUCUCUCCCUCCCUCCUUGUGGCUGUCUCCGUGUGUGUCUCUCCCUUUCUCUAUCUGAGAUCUCUCCCCCCACCCCCCACCAUGCAGUGCUGUCUGUUACCAUCACUCCCCUGCCCCGCCCCCAGCCCUGGCUCCCUCCAGAGCCCCCGGUGCAGAACUCCAUCCUUCGUCCUCAGGGUGGCUGGAAUGAGCCUCUUGGGGGAAAGGAAGCCAAGACAACGGUGCCCUCUCCCUGCAGGGUGACCGUGCUGGCCCUGUGCCCCCCUCCCUGAGCUGCACAGGGACAUUGCCAUCUGAGCACCAUUGUGUGUCCUGAGUCCAUCCGGGUCCUUCUGUCCCUUCCUCCGGCAUUUGCAUCAGCCGUGGGGGUAGGUCUUGCAGGCCGACUUGGGGGCCAGCCUGCUGUGUCCAGCUAAGCUGAAGCUGAGACACCGGCCACCAAACAACAUGGACCAGCGCAAGUCCGGCCACCAAACAUGGACCAGCGCAAGUCCGGCCAUUGUGUGCUCUAGACUUCACUCCACAGCGUGGGGGGCUUAAGUUCCCACUUAAGUGAGCCUGUGGUAGCUCACGCCUGUCAUCCCAUCCGGCACUUGGAAGGUGGAGGCUGGAGGAAUAGGAGUUCAAGGUCAUCCUCAGCUACAUAUUGAAGUUGAGGCCAGCCUGGGCUACAUGAGACCCUAUCUGAACUUCCUCUUCCAAAGGUCCCCACCGUGAAGAAACCCGAGCCUAGCACAGAUCCUGCUAGACCCCAGGACUCAGGCUCACUCUCUGCUGUUCCUUUCUUCCAGCCACGUCUAGUACACAGUAGGAGCUCAAUAAAAUGCAGCAAAGUCAGCCAAACCCAGGGCUCUCCAAAGGAUCAGCUUCCUCAUUGUCCUUACAGACCCCAGGUUCAUGAUGGGGAAACUGAGGUCAAGGGUCACGGUGCUUGCCCAAGGUUACCUGGCCAGGGACAGAUGGGUAGGCAAGGUUGGCACUUCCAGGGUGACUGUGUCCCCUGAGACGGUCUGAGGGGCAGUCACACGUGAUGUAUGUGUUCAGCCCGGCCGGGGUCUGAUGAAUUAGUAGGAAGGUGUUGGAUGAGUCUGGGCUGACAAAAUGAUCUUCUGGGCUCUCACCAGCAGCGAUCUUGGGGACAGGGGACAGUCGAAUUGCCUUCCCUGGUUCCUAGAAAUGCCUGCUCCACCUCCUGACCACAGACCACAGCCUUGUUCCUACUUUUGGGGCUGGACCGUUGGUGAGGGUGCCUCCUGCAUCUGCAGACCUUGCCAGGGAGCUGCCGUCCUGCUGCAGCCAUGGCGCCAGGGACUGGACGCUGGGGAUGCCUGUUGUUGGCGGUGGCGGCUGCCCUGACCCUGAGGUCCCCUGGUUGCUGUGGAUCCCAGAUUAUCGGGGGCCAUGAAGUGACACCACAUUCCCGGCCCUACAUGGUCUCUGUGAGCUUCGAGGGCCGUCACCACUGCGGAGGCUUUCUGCUCCAUGUCCACUGGGUGGUGUCAGCUGCCCACUGCUUCAGAGACAGGGACCCCUCCACUGGCCUGGUGGUGCUCGGGGCCCAUGCACUGCUCAAAGCGGAGCCCACACGACAGGUGUUUAGCAUUGCAGCUCUUGUCCAGCAUCCCAGUUACCAGCCUGCCACACAGGCCAACGACAUCUGCCUGUUAAGGCUGAACGGCUCAGCUGUCCUGGGCCCUGCUGUCCGGCUACUGCGCUUGCCACGGAGAGGCGCCCGGCCACCCUUGGCCGGGACGCGUUGCCGUGUGUCCGGCUGGGGCUUCAUGUCUGACUUUGAGGAGCCUCCCCCGGGGCUGAUGGAAGCCGAGGUGCGCGUGCUGGACCUGAGUGUUUGCAACAGCUCCUGGCAGGGCCAGCUGAGUCCUGCCGUGCUCUGCACCCGCAGCGGGGACCGCCGGUGGCGUGGUUUCUGCUCGGCAGACUCUGGGGGGCCCUUGGUCUGUGGGAGCCGGGCCCACGGCCUUGUCUCCUUCUCAGGCCUCUGGUGUGGUGACCCCAAGACCCCGGAUGUCUACACUCAAGUGUCGGCUUUUGUGGCCUGGAUCUGGGACGUGGUUCGGGGAAGUUCCUCCCCUUGCUCUAUGGGAUGCUCUGUGAGGGAUGUUUGAAUCUCAGCCCCCUACUGGGGCCGAGAUGAAGGGCACUGUGUCCAUGGGCGAAUCUGGAAUAGUCCGUGGCUUGGCUGGAGACCAUGGAGAACCUGCAGCUUGGGCUGCAGGCAUCCAUACAAAAUGAGGAGCGGUACUGAAGGCUAACGAGACACAGGGCUUACAGCUCCGUGUGUGGUCAGUGUCCCUAAGGAACCCCUCAACCCUGCACUCAAGACCCUUUCACAGCCCCUCACCCAUUAUGCUCCCCGCCCGAGAUCACCCACUCCCACACCAUAGGUCCCCACUCCAGGUGGCUCCUGGCCUCUGUACCUGCUCUGUCCCCUUAUGGAUGGCAGACUAACCUCACUAACACACAGACAGGGGACCAAAAUACACAGCGAGGACAAAAAGAUAAAAGAUAAAAAAUAAAACAAAAUGGCCACUCCAUCCUGGAACCGCGGAUUAGCCUGGCCUCCUAGGAAAGGCUGCCUCAGCUUAGUAAUCAUCCCAACAGCCGCCGUCCCUCCACUGAGGGCAAGCCUUCACUUCUGAGCCAUCUUGUCCCUCUACCUCAGACCCCAGAGGGGCCCACUUCUUCUCCGUCCCCUCUGCUUGU